GUUGCUGCUGCUCUCAGUAACUUUGGUGGGAAGGGGGGACAGGGAUGCGGGCUCUCGCGGACUAAAAUGGCUUUGCACCGAUGGAUUUAUGCUUUGCUUCACACGCUCCACUUUGUCCUCGUCAGUGAUGCUGCCCGGACUUACCCCCCCAGCGAGGUUACUCUCUUGGACUCUAUGUCAGCUCCUGGAGACCUGGGCUGGGUGGCCUAUCCCGCUGAAGGGUGGGAAGAAAUCAGUGUUAUGGACGAGAAGAAUACUCCGAUGCGAACGUACCAGGUCUGCAAUGUCAUGGAGGCCUAUCAGAACAACUGGCUGCGGACUAACUGGAUCCCACGUGACGGAUCCCAUCGGAUCUACAUAGAGAUAAAGUUUACUCUCCGAGACUGUAACAGCCUCCCAGGCGUCCCAGGGACCUGCAAAGAGACCUUUAACAUGUACUAUUAUGAGUCCAAUAACAACAACUUGUGGUACAUCAACGAAAGUCAGUACAUCAAGAUUGACACAAUUGCUGCUGACGAGAGUUUCACCCAGGUGGACGUGGGGGACCGGGUUAUGAAAUUAAACACUGAGGUCAGGGACAUUGGAUCGCUGACAAAGAAGGGCUUUUACAUGGCAUUUCAGGAUGUGGGAGCCUGCAUUGCUUUAGUCUCAGUGAGGGUCUACUACAAGAAGUGCCCAUUAACAGUUCGUAAUCUGGCAGAGUUUCCCGACAUGGUCACCGGAGGAGACUCCUCCUUGGUGGAAGUCCGUGGUUCCUGUGUGAAUAACUCUGAGGAAUACGAUGUGCCCAAAAUGCAUUGUAGCGCUGAUGGAGGAUGGUUAGUACCCAUUGGACGAUGUGUCUGUAAGCCGGGAUAUGAGGAGAAACAAGAUGUCUGCCAACCAUGUCGACCUGGUUUCUACAAGGCCUCUUCUAUGGACCCGUACUGCAUGAAGUGCCCACCUCACAGUUACUCGCAUCAGGAGAGCUCGUCUCAGUGUUCGUGUGAAAGAGGCUUCUACAGAGCUGAGACAGACCCCAGGGCAAUGCCAUGUACAAAGCCUCCCUCUGCACCAGAAAAUCCAAUUUCCACCACAAAUGAGACUUCAAUCAUUCUGGAAUGGAGCCCACCGAGAGAGAGUGGAGGCAGGAACGAUAUCACCUACAACAUCCACUGCAAGAAGUGUGGCGGAGACGUCAGAAAGUGCAGCCCCUGUGGGAGCGGCCUUCACUUUGUCCCACGCCAGUUUGGAUUAACCUACACCAAAGUCCUCAUUACUGAUCUGCUGCCUCACACUAAUUAUACCUUUAACCUUGAAGCCGUAAAUGGUGUAUCUGAGCUGAGUCGCAGCACUAAACACUUUGUCUCCAUCAAUGUCACAACCAGCCAGGCAGUGAAUGUGAUUCUGAAGGAAAGAAAGAGCAAGGACAGCAUCACUCUAGCCUGGCAGGGACCAGAUCAUGCCAAUGGUGCAAUUGUGGAAUAUGAAGUCAUCUAUUAUGAAAAGAAUCAAAGGGACCAAAACUAUACGGUUUUAAAAACCAAAUCGAACAGCAUGACGGUUGAUGGAUUGAAGCCUGGCACCACUUAUGUGUUUCGGGUCAGAGCUCACACCAAUGGAGGUUACGGGACCUAUGGUGGUGAAAUUGAGUUGGAGACUAGUCAGGAAGACAUGCUUGCGAUUGGUGAUCCAAACCAGCCUACCAUCAUGGCCGUAUCUGUUGCUGGUGGAAUAGUUCUCCUGGUCUUCCUGGUUACCUGUUUUGUUGUCAGCGGAAGGCACUGUGGCUACAUCAAAGCAAAGCAAGACCCAGAUGAGGAGAAAAUGCAGUUCCAUCAUGGCCAAGUGAGGUUGCCCGAGAGCAGAACUUAUGUGCACCCACAUACCUACGAAGAUCCCAAUCAAGCUGUCCGAGACUUUGCAAAGGAAAUUGAUGCAUCAAGCAUUCGGAUUGAGAGAGUUAUCGGGGCUGGUGAAUUUGGGGAGGUUUGCAGUGGGCGUUUGAAGUUACCUGGUAAGCGAGAGAUCUAUGUCGCCAUCAAGAGUUUGAAAGCAGGUUAUUCGGAGAAGCAGCGCAGAGAUUUCCUGAGCGAGGCAAGCAUUAUGGGUCAGUUUGAUAACCCCAACAUCAUCCGCCUGGAAGGGGUGGUUACAAAAUGCAAACCUGUAAUGAUAAUAACCGAAUACAUGGAGAAUGGAUCUCUCGACUCAUUUCUAAGGAAGCGUGAUGGACAAUUCACGGUUAUUCAGCUGGUCGGGAUGCUCAGAGGAAUCGCCUCCGGGAUGAAGUAUCUUUCAGACAUGAACUAUGUACAUCGGGAUCUAGCAGCGAGAAACAUUCUAGUGAACAGCAACUUUGUCUGUAAAGUAUCUGACUUUGGAUUGUCUCGAGUGCUGGAAGAUGACCCAGAGGCUGCCUAUACAACUCGGGGAGGAAAGAUCCCUAUUCGAUGGACUGCUCCAGAGGCCAUUGCCUAUCGCAAGUUCACUUCAGCCAGUGAUGUAUGGAGUUACGGGGUUGUUAUGUGGGAAGUGAUGUCCUACGGAGAGAGACCUUAUUGGGAGAUGUCCAACCAGGAUGUAAUAAAAGCAAUUGAUGAGGGAUAUCGUUUGCCAGCUCCAAUGGAUUGUCCUGCUGUUCUUCAUCAACUGAUGUUAGAUUGCUGGCAGAAAGCUCGUGGUGACAGACCUAAGUUUGGUCAGAUAGUGAACAUCCUUGACAAACUGAUACGGAAUCCAAGCAACCUCAAAACAUUAGCCAAUGAUGCAGCAUGGUCAACCAGUUCCUUGCAGGAUCCGUGUACACCAGACUCCUCGGCUGUUACCACACUAGAAGACUGGCUUGAUGGAAUCAAGAUGGGCCAAUACAAGGAGAACUUCUCAGUAGCUGGUUACACGACACUGGAUACAGUUGUGUACUUAAACAGCAGUGACCUCUGCAGAAUUGGAGUGACAUUGGUUGGACACCAGAAAAGGAUUCUCUUGAGCAUUCAGAACCUCCACGCCCUGGCUAAUCAGAUGCAUGGAACACACAUUCAAGUGUAAGAAAAUGACUACACCAAAUGCUGUAGGCCGAUUGGGAGAAAUCAGCUGUACACCCCUGCUUCCUUCUUCUGAUUAAAAACUCCUUUAUAACUGGUUAGGAGAACAUCUUUCCUAAAAAGGUGUAAUGUAACUACAUUUUGAGCACUUGUACAGCCUACAGUGACAUUCAAAACAUCAGAAUACUGAUUGUGCCACCUCUUAGCUAAACUGUAUUUUGUAAACUGUCGUUGCUAAUGGGUAAGACUACAGCAGAAAGUGCUGAGGAAAAUAACAAUAGUGGUUUGAUUCAUCAAAGAGGACAGCGGUUUAAAAAUCAGAAUUCUUGAACUCCAGGCGAUUCCUUGCAAUAGCUACCAAUUGAGUUUCCAAUCCAACUCACUUUUGCCAUUCUAUUUUCCUUCUGCAUUCUCAGAAAACUAUCAAGACCCUAUUUUCAGCUUGAAGUAGGUCUGAUUACCCAGCAGUUGCAGUAGUGCAAGUCAGACAUUAGUUAUAGAUGCAAAACUCUCUUGCUGGCCUAUGCUCACAGGAUUGUCCACUCUUAAAAGGCUUUCAAAUCAACUAGAAUGAUAAAUCUCAAAAAACACCCAUUGAGCUUUUAUCACUGAACUCCAGCAGAAGAUAGGUGAGGAUUAAGCAUGAAACUUGUAGUCACUGUUAAUAGAUUAAGAGAGAUAAUUUGGCCAUACUUUGUUCAUGGAUGACUUCCAUUCAGAUAGAUUUGCAAUUGAUAGACAUAGCCAGCUAAACCGAAUGUUGGAGUCAUACUUUUAAGUGCAGGCGAGGUGACUGAACUAAUUUGAAGUCUACUCUAUGAAAAAAUCUAUAUCUGGAUCAUAUCCAAAGUAUGAACAAAUUCUAAAUAUGGAGCCAGCUACGUGGAGAGCCAAAUGAGAGCAAAUGGACUCGCUCACCUCUCUGCAGGAGAGUUUUGCUAAUUCAUGCCAUUUCCCCUAUUCCCUUGAUGGUCUGCCUAGGAUUGGAAACUUGCUGUGUGGUGAAUUACAGUGGGGGGUGGGGAGAGAGAGAGGGGGAAACAAAACUUGCAUACUGCUCCAAAUCAUUGAACCCUUUUCCUAUCCUACAUAGCUUUAUUCUGCCUUCAAACAUUAAACAGAUGAACACUGGCACAGGUUGCAUCAGUAACUUUAUACAAAUAUAAUCCUUUUGGUAACUCAAUGGGACAUGGGGAUUGCAUAUGCUGAGCCAGCACCACAAUCUUCAAAACCUGGUUUCGAGCUGAAAAAUAAAUCUGAAAUAGAUACUUCUAUUUCUAUUGUUCGGUGGCUAUUUCCUCACUUGCGUUUUUCACUGCCUCGGUUUUAAAGUUGUUGAUUUUUUUACCUCUUGUGAAUAACUGUUAAGAUAUAGUGUACUAGUUACUUUAGAACUGACUCGUGCAAGUGAAGAUUUACAAAACAGAGUGAUUAAUCUAGAUGGUCAGUCUGUGGUUUUUUUCCCAGCAAAGUGAAUCCGGCUGUACGGGAAUCAGGUUCAAUACGUUAACUGCAAGGUUCUGUGUUGUAGACGAUUUGAAAUGAAUUUUUUUUUAGCAUCUAGGAAAACAAUAUCGUACUUGGGAUAGGACAGCAGUGUUGGAUUAAAGAAAUGGCCUCAGCGCUUGGGUGAGCUAUUAUUUGAAGAGAGUUGCCUUGAGAGUAAUGGUAAUGCUGCAGAGGACUAUCACACUUUCAGUGCCUCCCUUGAUGGUGUCUGCACGUUUUGCUCAAUUCUUACAGUAGAAGGAGAAAGCAGCCAGAAACUGAGAACGCAACUGGGAUACAUGGAAUACCAGACUUAUUUCAGACGUAAAGCAGGCCUUUGGAACUCAAAUUGAGACUCUGUCACUCAUCCAUUAUGAGGGCUGCCUCUUAUAAGGAACAAAACCAAGUGUAUGUGUACAUGCACUUUGGAUAAUGUGGUGUAAAAUUCAGUCUGCGGUAUAUCCAAGCAUGGGUCAAUCAACAGAAAGAAUUCCAUUUCUGCUUGGUGUCAGUGUCCACUUUGAGUCAUACAAUCAUGGUUAUUGCUGUAAACCAUCAUAGUGCUGUUCAGUAAUGUCUCUGUUUAUAGAAAAGUAAAGAAAUUUAUUGAAAGGAAA